AUGGGACAGCAGGUCUCCGGUGCCGCCGCCGCUUCAAUCCGCAAGAAAUUCACAUCGCUCUUCCCAGAAACCCACCCCUCCUUCCCCUCCCCCUCUCAAAUCCUUGAAAAGGACCUCCCCACCCUCCGCACCGCGGGCCUCUCCCAGCGCAAAGCAGAAUACAUCUCAGGACUCGCCGAGAAAUUUGCAUCAGGGGAGUUGAGCGCCCCGAUGCUCGUCACAGCCAGUGACGAAGAGCUCAUUGAGAAGCUCGUAGCCGUGCGCGGCCUGGGCCGCUGGAGCGUGGAGAUGUUUGCGUGUUUUGGACUGAAGCGGAUGGAUGUGUUUAGCACGGGGGAUCUGGGCGUCCAGCGCGGUAUGGCUGCAUACAUGGGCCGAGACACGAGCAAAUUGAAAGCCAAAGGCGGGAAAUGGAAGUACGUCAAAACCCACCUCACCUCUCUCACCGCGCGAAAGAUUUUCAUCGCUGCGCAGCUUCCGCAUCCCGAUGACCCUCCUGGAUUGUGUCACAGUCGACGGGGAGAAAAGAAAUCGCGCGAGAUGUGGGCACUGUCUGCUUCGAGCAAUUCGAGCGAGAGAAUGAAGCAACUUCCCCAAACGUUUACAUCGACUAACGCAUCGUGCCAUAGAUAUAUGACCGAGGCUGAGAUGCUCGACCUGGCAUCCAAGUUCUCGCCUUACAGGUGCGUCCAAGUCCGCUCUGCCUUUUGGUGUCACCCUUGA